UUCCCUUGUUAUGGCCACUCAACCUUGACCCGGCACACCAACCUUGACCCUUGACCCGUUGUAAUAGGUCACAAUGGAACUAAUCCGAAAAGCGGCUGCCGCCGUCAACUCCAACAGAAACAAGCGUAUCAAACUGAAUGUCGGGGGUGCUGUGUUCGAGACCUGGACUCACACUUUGCAGAAAAAGCCAGGGACACGAUUGGCUAAGCUCUCUCGCGCUCUGGAGGCGGAUGAAAGUUAUGACACGGAGAGGGGAGAGUACUUCUUUGACCGGCACCCGGGUAUUUUCUCCACUGUCAUGCACUAUUACAGAACAGAAGAGCUGCACACGGACCAUAACAUCUGUGGAAACAUUAUCAAAGGGGAGCUUGAGUUCUGGGGCCUCACAGAGCUGGACAUUGAGCCCUGCUGUUGGGGUCACUACAACCGCUUCAAGGAGAACAAAGAAACGUUAGCGGCCAUCGACGACAGCUUCACCUUCAAGCUGGACGACGACGCUUAUGGCGUGAAACCCGGACCUUACAUGCAGUUCAAGAAGAGGGUGUGGAUUUUUCUGGAGGACCCGGGCUCGUCCAGGGCCGCCAAGAUCUACGCUAUCGUCUCCAUGUUCUUCGUCCUUCUCUCCAUCGGAGUGUUCUGUCUGGAGACGCACGCCAUGUUCCGUGUGCCCCUGGACAGCUACAACCGCACUGUGUCCUCCGGGAGUUCCUGCACCACGACACUGUCCACUGUGGACUCUUGCUGCUGUCGCUACAAUAGUAACGACGAACUCAAGUACUCAGAGUCGGAGCGGCAUGAAGCCAUGACAGUCCUAGACUACAUCUGUGCUGUUUUCUUCAUUAUAGAAUUCGUAGCGAGGUUCUAUUUCGCCCCCAAGAAGCUAGAGUUUUUUAAACAGCCCCUGAAUAUCAUCGAUAUUCUAUGCUUGCUUCCGCAUUUCGCUUCGAUUAUUAUCAAUUCUGUUGAUCCAACAAAUAGAAGUUCUCAAGUGAUCCGGACGGUCCUUGCUUUGAGAAUCAUCAGAGUGCUUCGUAUCUUCAAGUUAAUGAAGCAUUACACGGCUUUUAAAAUUCUCGUGUACACCAUAAAGGUGAGCACAAAAGAGCUCUUGCUCAUGGUUAUAUUUCUCUUCACGGGAGUCCUGAUCUUUGCAAGCAUCAUGUUUUACGUGGAGAAUGACACGUUCACUAACAUACCCAUCGCCUUUUGGUGGUCUCUCGUUACUAUGACCACUGUGGGCUAUGGAGACAAAGUCCCUCGAUCAGAGGCGGGAUACUUCAUCGGGUCUCUGUGUGUGCUUUGUGGUGUGCUUACAGUGGCGUUUACAGUACCGAUAGUGGUGAAUAACUUCACUCUUUACUAUUCUCACGCUCAGUCUCGAGUUAGACUCCCUCCUCCCAAACGAGAAGAACUUCAGAAGAAACUUAUUAUGAAGAAUCAGAAAGCUCAGGAGUUUAUUCAGAAACUCACAGUCAACGUGAAGAAAAACAAGGAGUUUAACUCUCUCAACACGCCCAGGCCUGCUGACAAAGACAAAGUGGGAACCUGUCCUUCUAUCGACUCUGGUCUUGAGGAGUGCACUACAUCCGAUGGGGAUUAUAACGGGAAACACCCCCUGGGCCCGGCCAUGUCCUCCAGCACGAUGACUUCAGUGGUGUCCGACAGUCUGAGCACGGCCACCGUGCACACCGUGUCCGCCAGUGUGGCGGAGUUGGAGCUAGAGCUGCCCGGGACGCCGACGAGCAACAACAGCGAGGAGAAAACGGUAAACAGUCGAGGCAGCACUAGCGCUCGGCAGAUUGAGACAGUUCACCUUCUGAACGCACUUGAAGACCAGCAAGAGAAAGUAGCUCAAGAAAGACGGAGGCAGUUAGACAUGCUGAACACACGGCGGGAAGAGCGAAGACAGGCACGCAUCAGUCCCAGACCUUCCCCUUCACCAGCUGCUGCGGCUAAGCCCCGCCCUACAAACGAAAAGGCUGGGUUCUCGGCGAACACGCCCAAUAUGCCCAUCCAGCCUUCACGCCCCACCCCCGCACCGCCGGCUUCCACGAGGCCCGCCCACUCCAUUAGCGUCAAAUUCGGAGGGUCAUCUACCUCACACAGCUGAGGAGCUAUGUCACUGAC